AUGUUUAUCAGAAACUUUGCAAAUAUAAUUAGAUCACAAAAAUCAAUAACCAAAACAAUUUCAAGAAAUUAUUUUUCUGAUAACAGCAAGUUGAUAAUUCCUCGUCAUGGAACUACCAUAUUAUGUGUUAGGAAAAAUAAUGAAGUGUGUUUAAUUGGUGAUGGAAUGGUUUCUCAAGGAACGAUGAUAGUUAAAGGAAAUGCAAAAAAGAUAAGACGUUUAAAGGACAAUAUAUUAAUGGGUUUCGCAGGAGCUACAGCUGAUUGUUUUACCUUGCUAGAUAAAUUUGAGACAAAGAUUGAUGAAUAUCCAAAUCAACUUUUAAGAAGUUGUGUUGAAUUAGCCAAACUUUGGAGAACUGAUAGAUAUUUAAGACAUUUAGAGGCUGUUUUAAUAGUAGCUGAUAAGGAUAUUUUGUUAGAAGUAACCGGUAAUGGUGAUGUUUUAGAACCAUCAGGAAAUGUUUUAGGAACAGGAUCAGGAGGUCCAUAUGCUAUGGCAGCUGCAAGAGCAUUAUAUGAUGUCGAAAAUUUAAGUGCUAAAGAUAUAGCUUAUAAAGCUAUGAAUAUUGCUGCAGAUAUGUGUUGUCAUACUAAUAAUAAUUUUAUUUGUGAAACAUUGUAA